CUUAACUAAAAAUUAAUGUAAGGAAAUGGGCCCUUCGAUACCUUUGAAUUAUUAGAAACAUUAAACCUGCAAACUAUUUAUUUAUAUAUAGAACCGAAUAGAAUUGAUGUUAUUUAUAUGACAUCUAGUUUCUUAUUUAUACCGUGUCGAUUCUCUUUUAUUUAUUUCAUAUUCAUUUAGUUUAUUCAUUUGAUAUUCCAUAUAACUUUGUUCAUUAUAUUGCAUGUCAGGCACUUGUAUAUAUAAGAUCUUCAUAGUCCUGUUAACUUGCUAAUUAUACAUACAUAUUAUAAACUAUACAACUUUAUUAAAUAUUUUCCUUACUCAUUAAAGUAUUUAACCGUUUGCAUUAUUAUUCCUUCAUUCGUUCCAUCAAUACUUCCAUUCAAUCCAUAAAAUAAUUCGUUCAAUUUAUUACUUCAGUAUUAUCAUAUUAAAAGAAAAUUCGUUCAAGUACUAACUAUGGCAAUGUUGCAACAAUCCCCAUCAGCUCAUGGUAUAAAUUUACCAUUGAAUAAUUUAGUUGAAGUAACUACUAAUAAUUCUUCAAAUCCUACAACUGUCAAUGAAGGUGCUCCAAGUGCUACAAAUUUCACAUCAAGUUCCUCAGAAGAUGAUGGCUUAAUAUCUUCUUCUCCAACAACAAGUAUAUCUUCUGCUGGUGAUGCUCCCCUUGCAUCUACAAAGGAAAAAAUUCAAUCAACAUCAACUUCCAAUCUUCUACCACUUAUAGCUGAUAAUUUUAUUGGUUCAAUUACUGAUGAACGCUUAAGUGAGCAAUCAAAUUUACUUGUUAAUGAUUUUAAUGAAUCAUUAUCAAAAAACUCCAAAAUCACGAUGUUAUCAAAUUAUAACAUUAGUCCUUCAGGUAAUGAACAUGGUCAAUUCUUAGUCAUUGAUUUGGGUGGUUCUACUUUAAGAAUAGCAGUUAUCAAAAUUGAUGAAGCUUCUGAGAAUGAUAAGUUUAGCUCCGAUAGAUCGAGUCGUAUUCAUAUUCUUCAAGAAGAAUCCUGGAUUAUAGACAAUAAUUUUAAAAUUAUUGAUUAUAAUUUCUUUAAGUUUAUUGGAAGUAAAAUUUCAGAAAUUAUAAGUAAAAGUGAUUUUAAUGAAAAAGAAACUAUUAACACAGGUAUUUCCUGGUCUUUUCCAUUAGAGACAACCAAUUAUAACAAUGGUAAAAUAGUUCAUGUUUCCAAAGGAUAUACUAUAUCUGAUGAAAUUUAUGAUAAAGAUUUGAAAACUAUUUUAGAAACUACUUUAUUGAAGGAAUUUAAUUUAUCUAUUGAUAUCAAGGCCAUAUUAAAUGAUUCAUUGGCUGUUUAUGCUGCUGGUUCAUUUUUAGAUAAGAAUAUGAAAUUAGCCUUGGUGUUAGGAACAGGUACAAACUUAUGUUGUUCAUUAAAUGCCAAUAGAGAUUUAAUUCAUCACCAAAAAUUAUUACCAGACUGUGAAAAGAUCUUAUUUAAUGUCGAAUUAUCAUUAUUUGGUCAAGCAUUUAUUAAGCAAUUCACCAAUAAGUAUGAUUCUAAGAUUGACUCCAGAUUUAACCAAGUAAUUGAUUUACAUUUUAAAACUUUUAUGACUGAUGAUCCAAUUACAAAUACUAUUUUGCAACCUUUGGAAUUAACUACUAGUGGUAGAUAUUUACCAGAAUUAACCCGAUUAGUAUUAGUUGACCUCAUUAAUAGAGGAGAUAUUUUCAAUAAUCUUUCGUCUAAGGAUUUAAAUUCAAUUAUGACCAAACCUUACGAUGGAGUUCAAGGAAAGUUAAUAUGUGCUGUUGAUGAAACUAAUGAUUAUCAAGAAAUUAAAUCAUUAUUAGAAGAAUAUUAUGGAUGGGAUGAAGAUUUAAUUCAAGUUCUGGAUAUUCUUACUCUUAAAAGAGUAAUCGAAUUAAUUUUAAUUAGGGGUGCAUUCAUUGUUAGUAUUAGUAUUGUGGCUAUCAUAAAAUUAUUACAACAACAUAAUAAUGAUGAAUACUCAUCAAAAGUUAUUAAUAUCGGAUACGUUGGUUCGGUCAUGAAACAUUUCCAUAAUUAUAGAAAUUUAAUUAAAACAUUUGUUAAUGAGAAUAAAGAUAUUAAACAAUUGGGAGGUGUUAAAGUUGAUUUUAAAUUAGUUGAGCAUAGUUCAAUCAUUGGCCCUGCCAUAGGAGCCGCUUAUUAUUCUUAGGAGGUUGAUCUUCUUUAUUAAAGAUAAUGAAAUGAAUGAAUUUGAACUUACAAAACAUACAGGCAAAUUAAAAUAAAAAAAAAAAACGAAAAAAAAGUUCUAUAAAAAAAGCUUAAUUUAGAGAAGCUAUAUAUAGAAGUAUAAGAUUGAGUUUUAAUGUUAUUUAGUAUUAUUUAUUGCUAUUUAUGAUUCUUUUGUAUAGAUACCCUUAGUCUACAUAGAUAAUGUUACGAAAUUG